AUGCAAAGGUAUGCGCUCAUACCGCCGCUACAUCUACUCGGGGCGCUGCGGCGGCUACACAUCUCCUACUCCAAUAGGCGCUUAGAUACGGCCGAUAUCGCUAGGCGGCUCGUAGUAUACGCUACGGGCGACAAGUUGAAGCUUAAAUUUCCGCAGCUCUACGUCACCUGGGAGAUUCUCGAUUACGACGCACCUGCGGCACUACAGGUCGAGUUCCUCGACGGCAGGAAGAGGAGGUACCUUAUAGAGGGGUACAGCAAGCCGGAACGCGAAAGGCUGGUGGACAAGUGGAAGUUCGACGCAAAGCUGGAACCGUGGCCAGAGACACUUGCACCGACGUUUGCGAAGCAAGACGAUAAGCCGAACACUGUCAAUGGCAGAAACGAGGGAGGAGAGCACUAA